AUUCUGUAACGAAAAAAACCAGACUUUCCGCUUCCACUCAACGAACUAACUAUGGCGAAAAUCAUAUCUCCACGAAUUACAACAACACCCACUUCUCUUUUCUUUCCAUCUCUCCUCCCUCAGAAAUCAUUAGUCCCUUCCCAAUCUUUCGUUACCUCAACUAAUUCCAUCACCACACCUCGUUUUCGGUGGAAACUCAAUAGGCCGUCGCUCAUGGUGGAUGCGUCGUCCUCCGCCGCCUCCUCCGUCGUGCCUGAUGACAUAUCGGAUGUGCUCGGCGAAGUCAGUAUCUUCACUGCCGCCGGUGAGCCCGUGCAAUUGAAGCACCUUUGGGAUCAGCAAGAGGGAAUUGCUGUUGUUGCACUCUUGAGACACUUUGGGUGUUUUUGUUGCUGGGAGCUUGCUGCAUCACUUAAAGAAGCAAAGGUGAAAUUUGACUCAGCUGGUGUGAAAUUAAUUGCUGUAGGUGUUGGAACUCCUGACAAAGCUCGCCUUCUUGCUGAAAGACUACCGUUUCCUAUGGAGUCUCUCUAUGCUGACCCUGAUCGUAAGGCAUAUGAUGUUUUGGGCUUGUAUUAUGGUUUUCGCCGAACAUUUCUCAACCCAGCUAGUACCAAAGUAUUUUCAAGAUAUGAGGAACUGAAGAAGGCCAUGAAAAACUACACUAUCAAAGCCACUCCAGAUGAUACUAGCAGCGUGCUGCAACAGGGAGGAAUGCUUGUAUUUAAAGGAAAGCAGUUGCUCUAUGCAAGGAAGGAUGAAGGGACUGGCGACCAUGCUCCCUUGGAUGAAAUCUUCGACAUCUGCUGCAAGAUCCCUACUCCUUGAAGCCUUCUAUCCACUGUCACGCCGUCGUGUGUUUAACUAGAGCCUAGAGGUACGCCUGACCGGGUGUCUCAGUUUCUGAAACUCUUAGUGCUCGACUGUUUGUGCUUUAUAGGUGUUUAUUGUGAUAUAUGCCUAUACACAUUCAUGUGUAUAUUGUCAUAUAAAGCAUGACAAAUCCAGAAAAUAUACACAUUAGCUUGAUGAUGCAAAGUAUCCGGAAAAAGAAAAUAUGCAACUGUGCUAAAAUUUCAAAAUUAAUAAGGUGUAUUUUUAGGAAGCUUUCACAUUAUACUUUCUUUAUGUAAUGUAUAUAUUUUUUAAAUUGUUGCAGUUACUUUGGUA